UGGAAUGGAGAGUGGCGUGAUUUCUGAUGCCCAAAUUACUGCUUCUUCGCGAAUGAAUAACAACAGCACACCAAGGCAGGCGAGACUGAACUUCAUUGAACAGGGCAGCAAGCAAGGGGGAUGGUCGUCCCUUGUAAAGGAUCGUAACCAAUGGCUUCAGGUGGAUCUUGGCAGUUACACCACGGUGACAGGUGUGGCGACUCAGGGGAGGAAUUCAACAAAAUUGCAACAGUGGAUAACAACUUUCACAUUACAGUUUAGUUUUGACGGAGUGAUCUUCCAGUUAUACAAAGAGCCUGGGAAAAUGUCAGCGAAGCUACUCCACGCCAAUCAAGACAGUAAUACAGUUGUAUACAACAAGUUGAUUUCACCAAUCACAGCUCGUUACAUCAGGUUAUGGCCAGCCACGUGGCACAACCAUAUAUCACUCAGAAUGGAGCUUUAUGGGUGUCGAGGUUGUUGUUCACCACUUGGCAUGGAAAGUCAGGUUAUCACCGACGCCCAAAUCACAGCCUCCACCCAAUGGAAUAAUAACAGUCCUGCGAAAUCUGCACGGUUGAAGUUGGGCGGAUGGGUGGCUGGGGCAGUUGAUCCUAAACAAUGGCUUCAGGUCGAUCUUGGAACUUACUCAACUGUGACAGCUGUUGCAACUCAAGGAGUGAACUUACAAGGCUGGCAGAAAAGCUGGACAGCCAGUUACCAUCUACAAUACAGCGAUGAUGGAGUAACCUUUCAUUUUUACAAGGAACCUGGAGAAACUCUUCCUAAGGUGCUUGGUGGAAAUCGAGCCUUCUGGUCAGUUGUGUCCAACAAACUGAGCCAACCAAUCACAGCCCGUUACAUUCGAUUCAAACCUUUACUCUGGAAUUAUCGAAUAGGAAUGCGAACCGAGAUAUAUGGUUGUCUAGGCAACCCAAAGAUAUUCACCGGAAACGGCGACAGUGAAUCUGCUGUUUACAACAUCCUUAACCCUCCAAUCACAGCACGAUACAUAAGGAUCUUACCCAUAGCGUGGCAUACAAAAAUAGCGAUGAGAAUAGAGAUCUACGGUUGUACAGUGUGCAGUACACCUCUUGGAAUGGAAAGUGGAGCAAUCAAGGAUGCACAAAUAACCGCCUCUACACAGUGGGAUGACAAUCAUGCCCCAUCAAGGGCCAGGCUGAAUUUAAAAUUGACCGGAGUAAAGAGAGGAGCCUGGUCAACACGUGUACUAGAUCUGAAACAGUGGCUUCACGUGGAUCUUCUCAGCUUAACCAUUGUGACUGGUGUCGCAACUCAGGGGAGGAAUGCGCCCCGAAUCCAGCAGUGGGUUACCAAGUACAGGUUUCAAUAUAGUAAUGAUGGAGUGAACUUCCAUUUUUACAAAGAAAAGGGUGACAAUUCAUUCAAGAUAUUCACCGGAAACGGCGACAGUGAAUCUGCUGUUUACAACAUCCUUAACCCUCCAAUCACAGCACGAUACAUAAGGAUCUUACCCAUAGCGUGGCAUACAAACAUAGCGAUGAGAAUAGAGAUCUACGGUUGUACAGUGUGCAGUACACCUCUCGGAAUGGAAAGUGGAGCAAUCAAGGAUGCACAAAUAACUGCCUCUACACAGUGGGAUGACAAUCAUGCCACAUCAAGGGCCAGGCUGAAUUUAAAAUUGACCGGAGUAAAGAGAGGAGCCUGGUCAACACGUGUAGUAGAUCCCAGACAGUGGCUUCAAGUGGAUCUUCUCAGCUUAACCAUUGUGACUGGUGUCGCAACUCAGGGGAGGAAUGCGCCCCGAAUCCAGCAGUGGGUUACCAAGUACAGGUUUCAAUAUAGUAAUGAUGGAGUGAACUUCCAUUUUUACAAAGAAAAGGGUGACAAUUCAUUCAAGGUAUUUUCGUCGUUCCUCUUGUUUCUCAUGUUCGUUAACAGAGUAUGCUUUGCACCGCUUGGAAUGGAGGAUGGAACGAUCACUGAUGUCCAAGUCAGUUCUUCUUCGCGACUGGAUGACAAUCAUUCACCAAGUCAAGCCCGAUUGAAUUUUAAAGACGAAGGAUUUAAGGCUGGGGGGUGGUCAGCUCAGACAAACGAUAAAAACCAAUGGUUGCAAGUAGAUCUUGGCAUUUAUACCAGGGUGACGCGUGUGGCGACUCAAGGGUUGAAUGCCAACGACGAGUGGGUGACUAAGUACAGGAUACAGUACAGUGACGAUGGAGGAAACUUCCAGUACUACAAGCAACAGGGUGACAACAAAUGGACGGUGCUGACGGGGAAUAAAGGAAGUGAUACCAUUGCACAUAACGAUCUGAAUCCUCCAAUCACAGCACGUUUUAUACGGUUUUUACCAAACGGUUGGCACAAUAAGAUCUCCAUGAGGACAGAGAUCUAUGGCUGUCCAGCAUGUGUGACGGCUCUUGGAAUGGAAAGUCAGGCAAUAGAAGAUGCUCAGAUAAGCGCUUCCUCGCAACUGGAUGGUAACUAUUCUGCAAUACAAGGCAGACUGCACCUUAAGAGAAAUGGUCAAAGGCAAGGUGGCUGGUCGGCUCUCACAAAUGAUCGUAAUCAGUGGCUACAAGUGGAUCUUAACACUUUUGCUCGGGUAACAGUAGUAGCGACCCAGGGAAGAGAUGGAUUCAAAGAAUGGGUCACCAAAUACAGUUUGCAGUACAGCGAUGAUGGUGUGACCUUCACUUUCUACAAGGAGUUUGACAGCAGCUCGGUAACGCGCGUGGCGACCCAAGGGUUGAAUGCCAACGACGAGUGGGUGACCAAGUACAGGUUACAGUACAGUGACGAUGGAAGAAACUUCCAGUACUACAAGCAACAGGGUGACAACAAAUGGACGGUGCUGAAUGGGAAUAAAGGAAGUGAUACCAAUGCGUAUAACAAUCUGAAUCCUCCUCUCACAGCGCGUUUUAUACGGUUUUUACCAAACGGUUGGCACAAUAGGAUCUCCAUGAGGACAGAGAUCUAUGGUUGUCCAGUUUGGGUAGUAUCUACCUCUGACACUGAUCUUUUAACAACAAAUGCAGCGUGUGUGACGGCUCUUGGAAUGGAAAGUCAGACAAUAGAAGAUGCUCAGAUAAGGGCUUCCUCGCAAGUAGAUGGUAACUAUUCUGCAAUACAAGGCAGACUACACCUUAAGAGAAAUGGUCAAAAGCAAGGUGGCUGGUCGGCUCUCACAAAUGAUCUUAAUCAAUGGCUACAAGUGGAUCUUAACACUUUUGCUCGGGUAACAGUAGUGGCGACCCAGGGAAGAGAUGGAUUCAAAGAAUGGGUCACCAAAUACAAUUUGCAGUACAGCGAUGAUGGUGUGACCUUCGCUUUCUACAAGGAGUUUGACAGCAGCUCAGAAAAGGUGUGGUGUUUGAUGGAAACCGAGAUUCGGGUCGGGAGGAAUGGGCACGACGAGUGGGUGACCAAGUUCAGGCUGCAAUACGGCGAAGAUGAGGACAUCCUUCAUUUUUUUGAGGAUCCAGGACAUUUUGCAGCGAAGGUUUUCAAAGGAAAUACAGACAGUGACACUGUUGUGUACGACACACUGACUCCACCAAUUAUAACGCGUUAUAUUCGAUUCAAACCUGCUGAGUGGCACAAUCGAAUAUCAAUGAGGGUCGAGAUCUAUGGCUGUUCAGGUUGCAUAAAUCCUCUUGGAAUGGCAUUUGGAUCCAUAUCUGAUAUUCAUAUAACAGCAUCAUCACAAUUGGAUGGCAAUCAUUCUGCAUCACAGGCCAGGUUACAUUUCCAAGCAGAUGGUUACAAAGUUGGAGGUUGGUCAGCUCUCACUAAUGAUGUUAACCCAUGGCUUCAAGUGGACUUGGGUAGUUAUACAAAAGUGACGCGCCUAGCAACUCAGGGGAUGGAUGGCUACAAUCAGUGGGUGUUCGAUGGAAAUCAAGACCAAAAGACUGUUGUUUAUAACGUAUUGAGCCCACCAAUAACCACACGUUACAUCCAACUGAAGCCAAUAGCCUGGAACGACCACAUAUCGAUGAGAAUGGAGAUCUACGGAUGCCCAGGUUGUGUAGCACCACUUGGCAUGGACAGCGGAGCAAUCACCGAUGCACAGAUAAGUGCUUCUUCUCAGUGGGAUGAUAAUCAUGCGGCCAGGCAAGGAAGGUUGCAUUUUAAGAGAGUUUUCGGCACCUCCGGUAGUUGGUCAUCACGUAGAAAUGAUUUAAACCAAUGGUUUCAAGUGGAUCUUGCUCAAUAUACUACAGUAACUGGUAUAGCGACCCAAGGCAGAAAUCAUCCAUGGAUAGACCAGUACGUAACAGCAUAUAAGUUACAGUAUAGUGACGAUGGAGUAUCUUUUCAGUUUUACAAGGAGACGCCACUCGAAGCUGAGAAGGUAUACCUUUAUAGAAGCUUAAUUGUUUGGGGGGAAGGGUGA